AUGAAGGUCAAUAGUGAGAAGAGGGCAGUGGCCUGCAAGCAGGAGGUACAGAUAUCAUCGGCGGAUGUUGCAAAAUCAUUUGCAUCUAACGUCCUGUCAACGGGCAAGUCGAAGAUUCCAACUUUGAUCCCUCGGGUCGACAACCCAUACGACUAUUCGAACCGGCAGAAAUGGUUCAUCACUACCAUCGUCACAAUUGCUGCAGCCGCGGCACCGAUGGGUGCAGCCAUGUUCUAUCCUGCUUUGCCCAACAUCUCUAAAGAUUUCGAGGUCUCAAAGACCACCACAAACCUCUCCGUCGCAUUGUAUAUGCUUUCAAUGGGCAUCUUUCCCCUGUGGUGGUCCUCUGUCUCCGAGAAGUCUGGGAGAAGGGUGGUCUAUCUGAUUUCUUUCUUUUUUAAUGUCGCCUUUACGCUUGCUUGUGCAUUCAGCACGAACAUGGGAAUGCUGAUAGGCUUCAGAGUCCUUGCUGGUGGAGCUGCCUCUUCAAUGCAGUCCGUAGGUGCAGGCACGGUUGCUGAUAUCUGGGAAUCAUCUCAAAGAGGCCGUGCCAUGGGAAUCUACUAUCUAGGACCACUGUUGGGGCCUUUGAUUGCACCCAUCAUUGGAGGUAUUCUGGCACAGCGUUUCGGAUGGCGGAGUGACUUGUGGUUCCUCACUGCUUUCGGGGCUGUGGUGUUCAUGCUCGUCAUCUUCGCUCUGCCGGAGACUCUGAUCAAGCAAAAUAGCCAGAUUUCGCCACCCACGUCGACUGACUCACCUCAAGGGCUGCCGGCUGUUUCGAGCAAAUCAACAAAGACGUUUUCCAGAAGCGCUGCACAGUGGUUCCAACGUGGCUUUGUCGACCCUUUGAGGGUAGUGCUGUACCUACAAUUCCCUGCAGUCCUCAUUGUGGUAUAUUACGCGGCUAUAACAUUCGGGUCCCUGUAUGUCCUGAAUAUCUCAGUCCAGUCGGCAUUCGCCGAUGCACCGUACAAUUUUUCGGCACUGAUAAUAGGCCUACUUUAUGUCCCGAGCUCCUUAGGCUACGUCGCAGCAUCUCUGUUGGGUGGGCCGUGGGUAGACCGAAUCAUGAUUCGAGAAGCCAUAAAAGCUGGUCGUCGUGAUGCAAGUGGCCACCUGAUCUAUCUUCCGGAGGAUAGAAUGCAAGAGAAUGCAUGGAUAUCUGCCGUAGUGUAUCCCGGGUCUUUGAUCUGGUAUGGCUGGACCGUCCAGUACAAACUGCAUUGGAUCAUACCAUCGAUCGCCACAUUCUUCUAUGGUGCUGGAUCAAUGUUGGUUUUCAGCGCCACAACAACAAUGCUGACCGAGUUCAUGCCACGAAAGGCUAGCAGCGGAGUUGCUCUAAACAACCUCGUCCGGAAUAUCUUCAGUUGUGUUGGGGCUAUUGUGGGACAGCCUUUGAUUUCCAAAACGGGUCACGGAUGGCUCAUGACCCUGGUCGGGCUGGUUGCUUGUACCAGUGGACUCGCAUGCUUGUGGAUGUUGGGGAACAAUGCCGAUAAAUGGAGAGCACACAUGGACAAGAAAUUGAGCAAUGGGUCUCUGGAAUAA